CCUGUCCGCCGUCCGCAGGCCAAGAUCAAGGCCCGAGAUCUGCGCGGGAAGAAGAAGGAGGAGCUGCUGAAGCAGUUGGACGAUCUGAAGGUGGAGCUGUCGCAGCUGCGCGUGGCCAAAGUGACCGGCGGGGCCGCCUCCAAGCUGUCCAAGAUCCGUGUGGUGCGCAAAUCCAUUGCCAGAGUGUUGACUGUCAUCAACCAGACCCAGAAGGAGAACUUGAGAAAGUUCUACAAGGGCAAGAAGUACAAACCCCUGGAUCUGCGGCCCAAGAAGACUCGGGCCAUGCGGCGCAGGCUCAACAAGCACGAGGAGAACCUGAAGACCAAGAAGCAGCAGCGAAAGGAACGAUUAUACCCGGCCCGGAAAUUUGCUAUCAAGGCAUAGCCCUGAGCAAGCUGCAGCUCCAGGCUGGGGGGCUGGGGAUGGCUCAUUAAAUGGAGUUUGGUUUGGAA